AUGGCUGCUCCCAAUGGCAGCGCAUCACUGUCUGACACCUCAAUGACAGAACUUUGGCCUGCCCAAUAUCUAAGUUUGACAGAAAAAGCAUGUCCAACAGUGGCACUCAUCAUUCUGAAUUGUCCUUUGGAUGACCUAGAUUAUUUUAAGCGCCUCUACGAUCAUGCUUCGUACCGCCUCUGCGCGGAUGGCGGGGCUAACAGAGUCCACGAUCUGCUUCGCAAGCACUACCCUAGCUCUGACUGGACCCGAGCAUUGCAGCAUGCUCUUCCGAGCGCGAUACAUGGCGAUUUGGACUCCAUUAGGGAUGAGGUUCGACAAGAAUAUGAGAAGCUUAAUGUUGCCAUCACGCAUGAUCCCGACCAGUAUAGUACGGACUUUGGCAAGGCGAUCAACAAAGUCGUUGCCAAUCUGCCAGAGGUCACGGAGAUUUUAGUCCUCGGAGGUCUGGGCGGACGGGUUGAUCAAGGUCUGGGAUUGCUCCACGAGAUCUACCGAGAACAGAAAUACUUGCAUCCGUCUUUGCGCUUCUGGUUGUUCUCUGAGAGCAGUGUGAGCGUUCUGCUUCGUCCUGGUAUCACUACCAUUCACGCGCCGCUCAACGACGGGUUGCUGCGGCAGAACGUUGGCCUCCUACCAUUGUACGGCAAGGCUGUCAUAUCCACCAAGGGUCUAGAGUGGGAUGUGCAGGAUUGGGAGACAGAAAUGGGAGGUCAGGUCAGCACGAGUAACCAUAUCAAGGCGGACAGGGUAGUGGUACACACGGACGUUGAUGUGUUGUUCACUGUGGAACGAGAGACUGUGCCUUUGCGACCAAAGAUCUGGCACGAGGAGACAUUCUGA